UCAACACCUGGAGACUCUGGUCCCAUCCGCUCUCGUUCACAACUACCACCAGCAGCAGCAGGAUAUAUUUUGACAGUUCGGAAAAUACGAACGCGAUCCCACCGAUGGGGAUGUACGUUUCUGUACGGAUAAAACGUAAACAAACACCGUGUAGCUCUCACUCUCACUCUCACUCUUUCUCUCUUUGUUGCGAGCUCUCUCGCCUCUCUCGGAGCGUCCGUGAUACUAGCGAGCGCGCUCUUUGUGUGUGCUCUUAGUAGGCGUACUCCGCCAGCCAGCGCUACACUCUACGAACGUCGUGCGACCAAGCAGGACGCCAACUGCGCGUACAGAACAGGGCCAGACCUAGCGACAGUAGCUCAGUGACAGGUGAAAGAGAUUUUCCCUCUGGCCUGACGCGUCUGUGUGUGUGUGUGUGUGUGUGUGUGUGUGUGACGAGUUUUGGGUGGAAUUGUUUGGUGCCGGAGUCAAGAUAUUACCGGACACCUGAGCUGUUGUAGUUGCUGGGAGUGUGCUUCAAGUGCUUCUCUGUGCGCCGGAGGGAACAACAACAACGUGCUUACUUGAGCACAGAAGCCUGAAGUGGGUUCUUCCUUCAGGCGUGUAGCUAGUGUGCGUGUACGUGUGUGUAUGUGUGUUACGAAAUGCGAAUGUGAGCAGAGAAGCCUCCCAAACGUCACGCCUCACUUCCGUUAUCACUAGCCCGCUCAUUCACUCCCACCUCUAUGCGUAUUAUUCGUUCGUAGGAAAACCAUUUCCAUUUUAUCAUCUUCGAGGCAGAGUUGGUGCGCCAUCACGAGUGCCAAAACACGACCAAUUGCUUCCCUCGUCCGAGGUGUGAGAUUGUGGAAAAGCCCUUGAAGGUGCGCGUGUGUGUGUGUUUUAGUAAAGUGCAAAAUUCUUCCCUUCACCAGCGCUUUCAUUCAGCGAGCCGUGUGAGCUUCCCUUGAUCCCCAGUGCGCGCGUGUCAUGUGAGAGGGUGUAUGUGUGUGUGUGCAUUCGGAAAAUGCAAUCACAACGUCAAGCGUAACCGCAUCCCUUUCGGGAAGGGGACGAGCAGCGAGCGGAGCAUAUGGAAUGAUGUUGCCUGCAGGAGCCAUAGUAACGCGACGCCUGCCUGUUCGGCUACCAACUGACGGCGUCAAGGCAGUAGCAGGGCCGACCUGUCAAACUCGGAGCGUUUAGUGUCGCCCUUGGAAGCCCCUCCACACCGAUCAAAGUGCAGCAGCAGCCCUCCAAAACCCGAAUGAUUGGCACCGCCACUGUUUGCACGGAAACGGAAUACUGCUGGACCAUUGUGUAGUGUUUGGAGUCAACCGUAAGGAGGAGCAGCACCAUCAGCAGGUUUAACGUCUCGUAAGUGUAAUCAUCCUGCGGAUUAGGAAAACAACCAUUUUGCCAAAAUGAGGAUGGACGUGUUUCGGUGGCUUCCCGGGGCGUGUGGCAGCCUUGGCCCGGCGCUAAUUCCACCGGCCCACAUCGCGGUGCUGUGGUACUUCUGGCAAAACUAUUCCCGAUUCGUGGACAAACGCUUCUGUUCCUGCUCCUGCUGGGAUACCGUGUUCAAGGGAACGUACGAGUCGGGCAUUGCGUCCUACAAGCACAUGUACUUCAACGCAACGCAAAACACGAUGAAGAUGUGGCUGCUGAUCGUGGUCGGUGUGAUCGCACUGUACGAGUGCACCAAGCAUCUCGUCCAGCUGCUGCUCCAGUGCAAGGUGCGCUACACGAUGAUUGUGCUGUUUCUGCUUUCCAUCUUCUCGCACUACUACGCCUGGUGGGCGUAUCUGAACUACUACAACGACGAGUACUACCACCAGUGGAACCAUCAGCUCUUCUUUACCAUUACCGAGCUCAUAUCAACCAGUGUCGUGCUGCAUUUGGCGAAUGUGGAGAAUCAAGUGACCGCCCGCAAAACGCUUAGCAUCGUCGGCAUCGCCCUGCUGCACAUUCUCGCGAGCGGUGUCGAUCAGUUCAUAUCAAACGUGUUUCGCGGCGAAGGUUAUCCCCAUCAGGUCGUGCGGGAUCUGGGCUUUAUGAUACCGGACGUGAUGCAUCUGUUGCUGCCGCUGUGGUUGCUGCGGCAAACGCGCCUGGAAAGCUUCAGCACCCGCCCCUUCUACCGGGAUCGAAACCUGCGCCGCGAUGUGGUGCUGAUGUUCUUCUUCGUUACAGUAUUAUUCACCAUCUGUUCGUUCCUCUAGAAGGAGGAGCGCGAUGCACGGCGGGAGGUGUUGUAGACUGAGUGAGAGUUUCUUCCUCUCAUCCCCAUCCACCACCACCACCACCAUCAUCAUUUCAUCUCACCGUGAGCGUGCAUCAGCUUAGAGACACACCCGGACAGAUCGGACGUACGUACACAACACCUACUUAUCAACGAACCACCGUCCUCGAGAUAAGGAAACUUGAAGCCAAAUCAAAAAGCAAACAUUAGUAAUCAGCCCUUCCCACUUUACUAUUAAUUUACCCUUUUUUGCUGUCGGUAAAGUGCGCAUCGAUUGGAAUCGAUAUUCGAGGAACGAAGGGCAACGGCUUUCUACUCGGUUUUUGCGAUCACGCACGACAGCCAAGCUCAAUCACAUGCCGGGCUGCCCGUAUUAGUAGGAGUAGUAGCAGUAGAAAGUGUAUGAAAUAGGGAAAAGGUUACAAACACAAUGAAAUAGGGAAAAGGUUACAAACACACACACAAAAAAGAGACAGUUUUAACGCAAAACCACGUAACAGGCUUCCAGCAGCAGCAGCGCAAAUAGAUUACAAGGGAACAUAUCCAGCAAAUUAAAGGCGAGCAGCAGCUACACAACACACACACACACACACAAAUCAUCUAGAUCAGAAGAAAAAAUCGUAUCAGCAACCGUACUGCUAGGAGAAGUAGAAAAAACGCUAAAACGAACGCAAAUGGUGCAAGCAUUUAUCGGCUUCCCGUUUGCAGCAAAGUCUGAUUUUUAUCAUCACUAUACUGUUGGAGCUUUUUAAAUUAACCUGUUGGUGGUGGUUAUGCUGUUGCCAUAUCAGAGAGAGUGUGUAUGUGUGUGUGUGUGUGUGUGUGUGUGUGUGUGUUUGCGUUUCAGCUCCAUUUUGUCAGUUGCGUUUGGACGUGGCAAGCCACCAACAAGGCUGUUUUGUCGGGCGAGUUGCAUACUUUUAGGCGUGGUUUAGUCAAUUCUGACUGUCUGACGGUGGCAUUGUGCGCCCCGCCCCCAUCGUUUUAGAACUCCGUUUGUUGCGUAUCAUGGACCGAUCGUGCGUCGUGCGAUCAAGCAAUCGCAAGGGGUAGCGGCGAAAGCAUACGUGUAGUGGAAUAGGAAAGAAGGUGGCUAAAACAGUAGCAUCGGACGGAGAGAAUCGUACUUCUAGAAUGUAGACAAUAAAAUACAAGAUUUAUAAGUAUGUAAGCAAAAACAAAAAAAAAAAACAAGGGCAAACCCG